UAAGCUUUGAAAUAAGUCAUAGUUGGACCGGUUGUUAUUUCAAGAACUUAUUUUCUUUGAAUAUUGGGGAAUAUGUGAUUUAACUACAAAAGUGGCUAACAUUGCUUAACUUCGUCACGACAAAUGGCGUUGAGCACUUGGCGCCAGAAUGUGGAAUGUUUAUGUUAAAAUUUGCUGUAUGUUGAGAAGGUUGAUGGGUUUUACCAUAUAAUUCGUUAGUAAAGACAACGUAUUUCUAAAUGUAUCGUUAAUGAAUGUACAAACGAAUUUGGAAGCACAUUUUGGCGCCCAUUUUUACGGUUCGCUACUUGGGGAAUUCGUGGAGGAGAAGGAUAGCUUUUUAUAGCGGUAAUUGGGCCUAAAUAAACAAGAAUGCUCGACUGUCCAUGAUAGUUCCUUUUGUAGGACCAUAAAAAUUAGCAACAAACUAAUCCAGAAUGAGCUGCCACUCCACACGUCGCCCAUCGUUACUGAAACGGAAGAGGACUCGUUCAGAAGAUGAGGAUGUGGAUAAUGCAAAACCACUUUCAUCAGGAACUAGUUUGGUGGAAGAGAAAUGCAAGACGCCAGAAGAGAACUACUUACUGAGCCCUGAAAGUAUUGAUACGUGCCCUGGAUCGGUGCUGAGCAAUCAGCGUACGCCCUUGAGUGGUCAUGAAACAGAUCCAGAGCAUAAUUAUGAAGCAUCUUUCCUGUCACCAAUAUCAGAAAGACUCACACCUUUGCCAAUGUUAAGUUGGGCUGACCAUAAAGUAGUUUGGGACCUCCUCUGCCACAAAGACGUGGCUUCCAAAAGUGAUCGGGAUGCGGAAAUGUUUUCAAGGCACCCAUGUCUCCAGUCAAGAAUGAGAUCAAUUCUUCUGGAUUGGUUAAUAGAGGUCUGUGAAGUCUAUAAUUUGCACAGAGAAACAUACCAUCUGACAAUGGAUUUCAUUGACCGAUACUUGUCGAUCCAGAGCAAUAUCCCCAAACAACAGUUACAGUUAAUAGGUAUCACCUGCUUAUUUAUUGCUGCAAAAGUUGAGGAAAUAUAUCCUCCAAAACUUACAGAAUUCGCAUAUGUCACUGAUGGGGCCUGUACAGAAUCAGAGAUUCUGGAAAAAGAACUGGCUAUUUUGAAGACUUUAAAUUGGAACCUUAAUCCGGUGACUGCCAACAACUGGCUGAAUAUGUACCUGCAGUUAUGUAGUGAUCUAAUGAAGAAGAGUAUAAUAGACAAAGCAGACAAUUCAUGUUAUGGAUUUUUGUUUCCUCGAUAUUCCGGACUGUCCUUCGUGCAAAUUGCAAAAUUGGUAGAUUUCUGUAUGCUGGAUGAAGGGUCUCUGAGGUUUCCAUAUAGUGUAAUAGCUGCAUCUGCCCUGUAUCAUUUAGGAAGCAAGGAAGUAGCACUUCGUGUUUCUGGAAUGAAAUGGAAAGAUAUAGACAGGUGUGUCCAUUGGAUGUCACCAUUUGCCUUAACCCUCCGUGAAGAAGGUGUUUUACAGUCCGGCAUGUGGAAUGAUCCAGCAGCAUGUGUUAUUGUUGGUGACACUCAUCAUACGCAAACACAUUCAGUUGAUGUCAAGAUGCUUGAGGCCGCCCAGCAGCGUUUACUCCAGAUGGAUAUAGAAGCUCUUCCAGUGUCUACUUGCCUUUUGACGCCUCCGGCUAGCAGUAAGAAAACUUCAAAAUAUACAAAAGACGUAGGAAAUUUUACAUAGUUUUUUUAAAACUGUGAGGACAUGAAGUCCAAGAAGUUACGAAGCUGCAAGAAUUCUGUGAUCAGAGGUGUUUCUAUUUUACCUGUGGCCAGGAAAAAGUUUCUCACUGUAGCUCGGCUGACGAAUUUUAUGGAAUGAUGACUUAUAUCUUUGUCAGACGAUUCAUUUGUACAACAGUAUGAAGUUAUAGAAUACUCAGUCUUUUAGGAUAUGAGAGAUAUGUUCAGAAAUGUAAUUUUAUACAUCUUUAUAAUGUUCGGUAUGCUUUAUGUUAAUGAAUUGUUUGGUUGUUUUUUUUUUGAAGUUUACUUGAAUGUAACAAACACUAAUUAUCAAUUAAUCCUGAAGUACAAUGAAUUAAGACGGUGAGAAGCCAUGGUGAUGAUUUCAUGUCUAAACCUUAAAAGUUUUAACAUUUCUUUCCAUUAUUAAUAGCAGCAGGCAUGUUGGUCAUUUAAAUAUAUCUUUACGCUUUGCUAUUCUAGUCUGAAGACUUCGCUAUUUAGCGUAAGAAUGAAAUGGUGUACCAGUUAAAGGAGCUUUUUUCCUUGUUAGGAAUGCUCCUUCCCCACUCCCCCACCUCCUACAUUUUUUUUUAUUGAAUACAGCUUAUUUUCAUUGCUGUAUUCAUUCAGAAUUUUUUAAAAAAUUAUCAGUGUAGCAGUAUUUUCAUCUGCGUUGAUCAAAUAAGACUGAUCAUUUUACUCAUGAGUCAUACUGCCAUUUUUCAUUACUGCAUUGUGUGUCAUAAAUAUAGUUGACUUUGUAAAAAAAGAAAGUGCAUAUUGCUUCCAGUUCACUGCCAAAAGUCUUGAUUGGAGGCUGUACUAAUAUAUGCUCUGGUAGUGUGGAUUUCAAACAUUUGCCAACAGAGUGUUACAGAAUGACAUUGUCUUGUUAUGGGUGUGUAAAUAAGUGGAAAUCAUGAUUUUGUCCAAAUUAAGAUAGUCAGGCACAGUUGGAGUUUGAGGUGUUUGGCCAUAAGAUAAGUUUUUGUUAAACUACUGGUAUUUUUGUUCUUAAAUUUUAAGUCUGAAAGUUAUUGUGUGAAAAUGUACAUUUGCUGUUGAUGUAAAAUAAAGUACAGGUGACCCAAA